GAGUUUACUUACAAACUAUUCAACAACAUGAAUGGUUUGUUCUUGGUCCUAGCAGUCGUUGUCUCCUGGCAGUAUACUGAGGCCAGCGGAGAUGACGUAGCAAGCUAUUUCGACCCACUCAAUCCAGCAUCAAAACACGUCUGUUGUUCUAUUGACGAUACUCCAAAGAAAGUGUCAUAUUACACUACCGAGGUAUCCGGACAAAGACAAGUGUCUGCACAAGUUACGCAAUAUCGAAGAUGUGGACCAAAAGGAAGUGUGAGAUGUUCAGGGAAGGCUACUCAAUAUAGAAAUGAACCCAUAUAUAGACAGAAGUUGUCCUAUAGAAUGGAUCCCCGACCAUGUCCUCAGAACAGGAAAAUAUGCUGUCCAGGCUACUACAACUUAAAAGGCUAUUGUACACAGGAAGAAAACAAAUGCUGCAAAGUGGAUGUUUCACCCAGACAAGUCCCAUAUUAUGUAUCUGAGUCAUAUUACCAGCAACAAUAUUAUAUGGGCAGGGUGUCAAGAAGAUGUGGCCCAAAGGGAUCAGUGAGAUGUUACAGAUCAGAGCAGCUAAAUAGGAGAUUGACAUUGUACCGCCAGAAAAAAAUGUACAGGACUGAAUACAGAACAUGUCCCCCUAACCAGGUUACGUGUUGUAACGGGUUCGAAGCAGUACAUGGCAAUUGCAUAGCUAAAAAUGUGGUGAUGACUAACAAGGAAUUGAUAGAGCAAGUAAGAAGAUCAGGGGGCGGCCUUGGAAAAAACAAGAAUAUGUGUUGUAUACCUAAACCAGCACGACCUGUACAAAUGUUCUACUACAACAAAGGAGAAUACUUCGCUGAGAGAGCCAACCUUAGAAAGUCUAGAAGAUGUGGCCCAAAAGGCAGUGUGCGUUGUUAUAAAAUGGAGCAGGGAUAUGUGUCCAAAUUCAGAAAUAUCCAGAUGAUUGGAUACAGAUUGGGGCCUGUGCCUAUCUGCCCAGAGAAGAAUAUUAUAUGUUGUAAUGAGUACAUACAUAUAAAGGGUUACUGUCUGCACCAGAGUUUUGCAGUGAACAACCUCGAAUUAUUGGAAAAACUUCGCAAGGAUGCCGGAAUCGUUGGAUAA